GUCUGGCGGCGGUGGCUAUGAUGCGGGAGAUAGGUGGUCAGGGCCUCGUUCAAAGGAAUUAUAAGUACACCCGCUGGCGUCGUAAGUUUCCAGCAACACCGGAGCAGCUAACGACCCCCUCUUCUCACUCGAUAUGCACCACUUGUCUUCGAGCAUGCACCAUUCGUCUUCGAACAUGCGCCACUCGUCUUCGAGCAUGCGCCACUCCAUAACAUUGAAGAUGGAGCCCAAUCGAACGGUCAUUGUAAUGGGUCCGUCGGGCUCAGGGAAAACAGCAGGGCAGAAAACGAUCGUCGGCGUAAUAUUCAUGCUCGAUCUCAGCGACAACUCGAAGGUGGACCGGGCCGCCACCGAAAGCUGCAAAAGAUUCAUAGAGACAUGCGGAUCGAGCAACAUACAAAACGCCGCGAUCGUGGCCCGUGUGCGGAACGCCGGGACACAGGAAGGCAUGGAGAGAGUGAACGAGCUGCGAAACUUCCGCCCGUUCGAAAAGGUCUUCAACGGCGGGGCAUCCAUCUUUCCGAGGCGCGGCGCACGGUCACCGCCGGUUUAUGGUGGCGAACCACAGACACCGGUACCGACAUGCGGUGGCUGGUGGUGUUGGAAGUGACCAAUCGGCCUGCAUCGUGGAUGUUAGCGCACGGAUCAUGGUCUAUAACUGAUCGCGUUGCAAUGGUUGUUCGUUUGCAUGUAGCCAUAGCUUUCCCCACUCCUGGUCCUGUAACGGAUUCCCGCCAUACUGCAGUUGCAGCGCCCGUAGAUACUGGCACGAUCACAUGCCGUAGACACGACACUCCGGAAGAUAUUGGGAGAUGUAGCU